AUGGGCUCAAUCGAUAAUUCUAUAGACGCGAACGCCGUCGCUGGACGACGGACCGCUAAGGCUUGGUGGAAAGAGUCCUCGGUGUACCAAAUUUACCCAGCUUCUUUCAAGGAUAGUAAUGGCGACGGCGUGGGUGAUAUUCCCGGAAUCACCUCCAAGUUGGACUACAUCCACAAACUCGGCGUGGAUAUUGUCUGGCUUAGUCCCGUAUUUAAAUCACCCCAGGUCGACAUGGGUUACGAUAUUUCGGACUACUACAGUAUUCACGCGCCAUACGGCACUGUCGAGGAUGUCGACGAUUUGAUCCUAAAGCUUCAUGAGCGGAAAAUGAAACUUGUGAUGGACCUCGUCGUCAACCACACAUCCGACCAGCACGAAUGGUUCCGCGAGGCCCGUUCCUCGGUAGACAGUCCUUACCGCGAUUGGUAUAUCUGGAAGAAACCAGUGUUUGGCGCCGAUGGCAAGCGUCAGCCGCCAAACAACUGGGUGUCCUACUUUGGAGGCAGCGCCUGGGAGUUCGAUGAAGCGUCUGGAGAGUACUAUCUCCACCUUUUUGCCACAGAACAACCCGACCUGAAUUGGGAGAAUCCCAAAGUCCGAGACGCUGUACACAAGAUUAUUCGGUUCUGGUUGGACAAAGGUGUAGACGGAUUCCGAAUGGAUGUCAUCAACUUCAUCAGCAAGGACCCGUUGUUGCCAAAUGCGCCGAUCAGCAACCCAGAUUCUGAGUGGCAAAGUGGUGCACAGUACUAUGCCUGCGGUCCAAAGCUGCAUGAAUAUCUGCGGGACAUUGGAAGCAUUCUGAAAGAAUAUGACGCAUUUUCCGUCGGCGAAAUGCCUGAAGUCAACGACGUGAAGGAAAUCCUGAACGCCGUAGGAUACGACCGUGGUGAACUGAACAUGAUAUUCCACUUCGAAAUCGUUUCACUGGACCACGGACCAGGAGGUAAGUUUACCAGCGGUAAUUGGGAAAUGCAAGAUCUCAAAGCCAUCGUGUCAAAGUGGCAAACAUUCAUGCACCAAAACAAUGGAUGGAACGCAUUGUAUCUCGAGAAUCACGACCAGCCGCGGACAGUUUCCCGGUUCGCGUCUGACAAACUUGAAGACCGGACUCUGUCCGCGAAGAUGCUGGCCACUUUCUUGGGCUUCCAGAGCGGUACUGUUUUCAUUUACCAGGGCCAGGAGCUCGGCAUGCCUAAUGUGCCAAAUGGAUGGGCGAUUGAGAAGUACCAGGAUAUCGAAACACUGAACCAUUGGCAAGAAAUUGUAUCCACGAAGCCGGAAGAUAAUGAUCUGCACUCCACUAGUCUUGCCGAAUAUCGGAAGAAAUCGAGAGAUAAUGGCCGGACUCCCAUGCAAUGGGACGCCUCUACUUACGCCGGCUUCUCCGAUGCCAAGCCUUGGAUCUCCGUGCACGAUGAUUAUCCAGUCUGGAAUGCGUCGAUCCAGGUGGAUGAUCAGCAGAGUGUAUAUCACUACUGGUCGAAUGUUCUGCGCUUGAGAAAGGAAUUCCCCGAUGUUCUAGUAUACGGAUCGUUCGAGCUCAUUUCCCCUGAGAACCCUGACGUGUUUGCCUACACUCGCACCUCCGAGACCGGCAGCCUUGCGCUUGCAGUGAUCAACUUCCGGGCUAGCGAGAUAUCGUGGACCAUUCCGGAACAGGUCAAGAAACUAUGGUCCUCCGGGUCGAUUGCUCUGUCCAACUAUCCCCAGAACAAACGAUCUGUGGUGGAUAGUGACAUUGCCCUUGCACCUUUCGAGGCAUUUUUGUGGUUGGCUUAA